AUGGCCCCUCCCACUGCCACCGACUCGUGGCUUGCAGCUCGUCGAUUCGGCGUGGUUAUCGACGCUGGCUCGUCAGGCUCACGUCUUCAAAUAUACAGUUGGAAAGAUGCGCGGGUAGCUCGCGGGGACACGCUGGACACGCUGCCGAAGGUUGAGAAGGGCACGCAGGACGGUGAGGAGUGGUCGAUGAAAGUUGAGCCUGGCAUCUCAUCGUUCGCGCACGAACCACAAGGUGUUGCAUCCUACCUGGCCCCUCUGAUCGACCAUGCGCGCAGUCAUAUACCCCCUUCUCUACAGCCGGAGACCCCGAUAUUUCUACUUGCCACGGCCGGCAUGCGUCUUCUUACACCCGAACAACAAGCCGAAGUCCUCACAGCAACCUGCAGCUAUUUCCGGUCUCAUUCCAAUUUCCGAAUAGACGACCCGUCACCCGUCGGUCCUUGCGGGUCGAGCGUACGCAUAAUUACUGGGGAAGAGGAAGGACUCUUUGGCUGGAUUGCAGUGAACUAUCUCAUGGACGGCUUCAAGGGCUCUGGUGAGGAUCGUCUGACAUACGGCUUUCUAGACAUGGGUGGCGCCUCGACACAAAUCGCGUUUGAACCAAGUAGAGAGGAGCAGGAUAAGUCCAAGAACCUCAUAGACGUCAGAUUGCGUCUCUUGAACGGCCAUGAAGUCCAUCACAGGGUAUUUGUCACGACAUGGCUGGGCUAUGGCACAAAUCAGGCGCGGGAACGAUAUGUCAGCGCGGCCAUCGAUGAUCAUUUAGCCCACCCGUCCUCGACAUCCUCAUCUACAGAGGAGCUGGUUUUGGAUCCAUGCCUACCAAAACACCUACGGCUUACCGAGCUGGACGUUGCUCACAAACCUGAGAAGUCACGUACAUUACUGGGUACCGGGUCGUUCGAGCAAUGUCUGCAGCGGACACUGCCGCUACUGAAUAAGCACGCACCAUGUCCAGAUACCCACUGCCUCUUCAAUGGCGUACUCGUCCCACCCAUUGACUUCUCUGCUUCCCACUUCAUCGGCAUUUCCGAAUACUGGUACUCCUCGGAGCACGUUUUCGGCCUCGGCGGCUCAUACGAUGUCGUGCAGUACGAGCGGGCCGCCUCGGAGUUCUGCUCACAAGAUUGGUCCAACAUCCUGCACCAGCACGAGCUCUCGCGGCAGGGAGCGCCCGGCGGUGACGGCCAGGCUGAGAAGGCCGGGCAGGCAGUAAAGUGGGGUCCGCAGGUUGAGAUUUCGCGCCUGCAACUACAAUGCUUCAAAGCGGCGUGGAUCGUGAACGUCUUGCACGAAGGCAUUGGCAUGCCGCGAAUCGUUGACCCGGGCGGGAACAGCACUACACACGGGGACAAAGUCGCGCAGCAAGCGGACCGCAAGGGGCUUGGGCGGCCGACGUUCCAGUCCAUGGACAGCGUCGGCGACAUCGCGAUCAGCUGGACGCUGGGCAAGAUGGUACUGGAGGCGAGCAAGGGGGUCCCGCCUCUGUCUGCCAAGCAGCGCCCGCUUGUCGACCCUCUGGAUGAUCCCGCAAACAGCGACCCACUCAUCCAGCGUAUCCGACCGCACUUCCUGGACUUCAAGGCCAUCGAGGACCGGAUAUCGGACCACAUACCGUCGCCGCUCCGACGCGAGUCGCUGGGUUUCUCGCCUGUCGCAUUCCUGUUUUACUGCGUCCUGAUGCUGGUAAUGCUAGCGGCCAUGUGGCGUUUGCGACACCGCUUCAGGAGUACUCUGCGGCGAUACAUGUACAAGCGUGAUCGGGCAUUCUCACUCGAGGGGUUCUCGUUGGAGGAAGGACAAGUUUUCAACGGUGGACCGCGGCCCUCAUCUCCAUGGUCAAUCACCCCCACCCGCCUAUCCUUCCAGUUAUUUCGGCAGACCAAAGCCCCGUCUGCCUCCCGGUUUACACGUCCAUCUCGACCACCUCCUAUCAACGUGAGGGGCCACGAAUCUCCUACGCGGCUAGGCUCUCCAACCCGUGUGUCUCCGGCACGGUCCUUCUCCUACCCAAUUUCAAAAUCGCAGAAUGGUCUAUCAACUCUGGAUGUCGCCAAUGGCGCUGCGACGGCGUUUAAUGUCCCGGGCUCUCCGCUGCUGUCGUCCGACGGAAAUUUGAUAUCCAAUGGCAAUGAAUCUAUCUUCCCAGUCGUCGCGCCAGAUAAUUUCACGGACAAGUAGCGGCUCACAUACACCGAUAGGCAGUCUAUUUUUGGAGGAGUAAUGGACCUCAUGGAUAAUACAGUCUCCGAUCUGACCGC